CCAUGACAGCAGACUUUCGCCCUCGAUAAUUUUUCCUCUCCAGGGUUUAGACAUUGCGGACGGCUCCCGUGUGACUGGAGAAAGUAAGGGAGACAUUGAGCCAUGGCCACGACCGACCGAAGGCCGCCGGUGUCACUCGAUAGGAAGAAGAAAGAAACGAAGAAGAAGGAGAAGAAUAUGGAAGAAGAUCAGAAGAACAAGAUGGGGCAGGAGAUUGAGGAGAUUUUUAGGGCUAACAAGAAGAAAAGGAAGGAAUCCCCUGGAGUUGCAGGGCAAAAUUCAAAGAAGACAACUGUAGCAAGUGUAAAAGAAGAUAAAAAGGUUAAUAAGAAGAAAACGCCGAAGGAAGAGAAAGAGAAGAAGAAGAAGAACGGAUUUCUUGUGGAUGAGAGUUCCGAGAAUAGCUCUAAGCGGAGGAGAACAGCGGAAGGGUUUGCUAUCUACUCUGAAGAGGAGCUUGGUAUUGGUAAUCAAGACGCCGGAAACACACCUUCGUGUCCUUUUGACUGCUCGUGCUGCUUCUGAGGCUUGUUUCCCAUUUCAAUUAAUCAAGGGAAAGGAAACUAGAAAUUGAAGGAGAAGUGAGGAGUCGGGCACUUAAAUGAGGGAAAGGAAUCGAACAAUUUGAAAGCCAAAGAGGGGGAUGUGAAGCGAAAGGGUCGGAAGC